AUGGUCCGGAAAAAGCAACGUUUGGAUUGCAGAGAUGAUUUUGAAUUAACAUCUGAUUCGGAAACUGAGACUCCUAUGAUGUUACGGCGAAGGCCAGGAGAGACUGAGUCGCAAGCAUCACUUCGGAGAGAAGCUAAUGCCCGACGAAUCUCUGAUAGACGAUUGACUGAGACCGAAGAGGAAAGAUCGGCACGUUGCUUGACUAAUGCGCAACGGACUUAUGAAAGGAGGUUGGGAGAGACAGAAGCGGAAAGGUCAGCACGCUGUUUGUCGAAUGCGCAACGAAAUUCUGUAAGGAGAUUGGCAGAAACCGACGAGGAAAAGUCGACACGUUGCUUAGCGAAUGCUCAACGAACUUCUGAAAGGCGAUUGGGAGAAACCGACGAAGAAAGGUCAGCACGCUGCUUAGCGAAUGCUCAAAGAACUUCUAAAAGGCGAUUGGGAGAAACCGACGAAGAAAGGUCAGCGCGCUGCUUAUCGAAUGCUCAACGAACUUUUGAAAGGCGAUUGGCAGAACCCGACGAGGAAAGGUUGGCCCGUUGCUUAGUAAAUGCACAACGAAUUUCUGAAGUGAGAUUGGCAGAAACCGAACAAGAGACAAUUCGACGACGAAUUGAAGAUAAUAAACGAAAUUUCGCUCGACGCCAACUUGAAACUGCCAUAGACAGAGAGGAGAGAUUACAACAAGUGCGCACAAAUCGUGCCAAUACUUCAUAUCGUAUGCUACAGAUGACAGUAAGAUUGGCCAUAGUUGAUAAUUUAGAGGAAAGUAUGGUGGAGUUACACACUAUGGGGGAAAUGAAUGUCCUCUGUGAAUUUUGCAAUGCCAAACAUUUUGCUAAUGAAAGACCAACUGAUAAAAAGUUUACCGUGUGUUGCAACAAAGGAAAGGUUAAAAUUCCUACGUUCGCAACGCAUGAGUACAUAAAACGACUUCUAAUAGGGCAGGAUCCUGAUUCCAAAAAUUUCAUGGAAAAUAUAAGAUCCUACAAUAAUGCAUUUGCAUUUGCAUCUGUUGGAGCACAAAUUAAAGCUCCACCUGGAUACGGUCCGUACUGUUAUCGAAUCCAUGGUCAGAUCUAUCACAGAACCGGGACUUUGCACCCCGAUGAUGGCGAACCACGAAAGUACGCCCAAUUGUAUAUACUGGAUCCCGAUGAGGCAAACCGACGAAGAUUGAACGAGCCAUCCAAUGUUGCCUGCAAAAAUCAUGUGAUGUCUAACCUGUAUGAUAUUAUGAAAGAUAAUCCGUUUGCCAGAGCAUACAAAAUGCUUCAUGAAUUCGAAAAGGAGGAGAAGAUUAGAAUGCAAAGCGAAGAAUAUUUGGCCAAAGAAGUUACAAUGGCUAUUGUUAAUGACCGAAAUCUUGACAAACGUCGAUACAAUAUUCAGACAUGUAAUGAAGUUGCAAUAAUUUUCAGCAAUACCGAUGGCGAGCCACCACUUGAAAGAGAUUUACUUAUUCAUUUAAAAUCAACCGGCGAUGAUUCCCCAAAGACAAAACGAAUUAGUAUUUUAAAUAAAAACCUUGAUGCUCUGACCUAUCCUAUUCUAUACCCAUCUGGGGAGCAAGGAUGGGGAGAGGACUUAGCUCUAUCUGUGCCGUCUAACUCAGCAAAAAUUAAUACAAACUGUAGAAAACGCGUAACGCUAAAAAUGUAUUACUCAUACCUAUUUUCAAUUCGUGAAACAUUUAAUCCAUUUUUAAGUGCCGGAAAGCUAACUCAACAGUACUUUGUCGAUGCAUAUGUUAAAGCCGAAGCAAAUGACCUUAAUUUUGUCAGGCAAAAUCAAAGCAAACUUAGAGCAAGUAACUAUGACGCAUUGGUUGACUUUAUAGACUCUGCCGCAGAACAAGAUGGAUUGGUUCCCAGAAGACCAAUAAUUUUACCUUCGACUUUUCAAGGUAGCCGAAGAAAUAUGAAUCAAAACUAUCAAGAUGCGAUGUCAAUCGUAAGAAAAUUUGGCAAACCAGACUUAUUUAUUACGAUGACGUGCAACCCCAAAUGGAUAGAAAUUACUACCAAUUUGAAAGAUGGACAAAAACCUGAAAACAGACCGGAUUUAGUAACAAGGGUAUUUAAUAUUAAAUUGAAAUCAAUGCUUGAGGAUUUAACAAAAAAAUGUGUCCUUGGACACGUACUUGCAAAAGUACAUGUAAUUGAAUUUCAAAAACGCGGUCUCCCUCAUGCUCAUAUUCUUAUAAUCCUAAAAGAUAGUGAUAAGCCAAAAACAGUCGAACUCAUAGAUAAGAUUGUAUGUGCCGAAAUACCUAAUAAAGAAACACAUCCAAGGUUAUAUGAUGUUGUUACAACAAAUAUGAUUCACGGCCCGUGUGAUAAUAUUAAUUCAAAAUCACCAUGUCUGGUGGCCGGGAAAUGUUCAAAAGGUUUUCCGAAAGCAUUUCAGCAUGAAACUUUAGCUAACGUUAACGGAUAUCCGUUUUACCGGCGACGCAAUUUAGUACCAGUUGUGACUAAUAAAAAUAUUGAAAUUGACAAUAGAUGGGUAGUUCCAUAUAACCCAUACUUAAGCUUAAAAUACAAUUGUCAUAUCAACGUUGAAAUUUGCGCAUCUAUUAGAAGCGUAAAGUAUUUAUUCAAAUACGCUUACAAGGGUCACGAUUGUGCAAAAGUUGAAUUACGAAUAGAUGAGAUUAAGACACAUGUGGAUUCAAGAUAUGUCAGUCCUCCUGAAGCCGCCUGGAGAAUUUUCAGAUGCCCUAUGCAAGAUAGAACCCAUUCUAUAUCGAGAUUAAAGGUUGAAUUACCGGAGCAAAAACAAGUGACAUUCGAUCCAAAUAGAAUCCAAGAAGCAAUCCAAAAAGCAGAAAAUACACACUCCACGUUAACUGCAUACUUCGAGCUAAACACCCAUGAUCCGGAAGCCAGGCAAUACAAGUAUGCAGAAAUUCCAGAGUAUUAUGUAUUUAAUGCAAAAAACAAAUGGAUUCGUCGUAAAGAUGGACACACUGACAAAGUUAUAGGACGUCUGUAUUCUGUGAGUAUGACAGACGGUGAGAGAUAUUUUUUGAGGUUACUGUUACUUCAUGUAGCAGGACCAACAAGUUAUAACGACCUUCUUAAAUAUCAAGGACAUGUUUACAAUACCUUUUAUGAAGCGGCUAAGGCUCGAGGAUUGAUUUUUGAUCAAACAGUCUGGAAUGAUACAUUAAACGAUGCUGCUCAUGCAUCAAUGCCACGUCAACUUCGAGAACUUUUUGCAUAUAUUUGUGUAUUUGGAGAGACCUCCGACAUGACAGGCUUAUGGAUUGAACAUAAAGAAAAUCUUACUGAGGAUUUUGUAAGAGUUCACGGUCAUCCACCUGACGCAGAGUGUAACAUGUAUAUUGAGAUAGAACGUGGCAUCGCAGAAGAUCUUAAAUCAACAUUGACAGAAGAACAACUGAAUGCAUUUGAGGCAAUAGAACACUCAAUGAACUCUGACGACCCUGUUGAGAAAUGUUUCUUCCUUGACGGCCCUGGUGGAAGUGGGAAAACUUACCUAUAUAAAACACUUUUAAGCUACAUUAGGGGUAAAGGUGAGAUAGCAUUACCUGUUGCAUCAACAGGAAUCGCGGCUAAUUUACUAAAGGGAGGACGGACUUACCAUUCCCAAUACAAACUGCCACUUAAUUUAAAUGAAACAUCUGUUUCAUCAAUAGAGAUGACUACAAAUGAUGCGAAGUUAAUUCGGACCGCAAAGCUACUGAUUUGGGAUGAGUCAACAAUGGCAUCAGUUCAUGCUUUGCAUUGCAUUGAUAGACUGCUGAAAGAAAUUAUGGGAAAUGAUCUUCCAUUUGGAGGAAAAGUUUUACUCCUCGGAGGUGAUUUUAGGCAAACAUUGCCAAUAAUCCCACACGGUGAUGCUGUCGCAAUUGUCCAGGCAAGCAUAAAAUUUAGCCACCUUUGGAGGAAAUUUCAAAUUUUGAAAUUAAACAAUAAUGUCAGAUCGCUUGAUAAGGAAUACAGUGAUUGGCUAAUUAAACUUGGUAACGGGGAAUUGACAAAUAUAGAUGGAUUACAUGAUAGUUUAAUAGAAAUUCCAGAAGCAAUGUUGGCGUCCGAGAACAUUAUUAAAGAUAUUUUUGGUGAUUCUCUAACUCUUGAAAAUGUAGAGCAAUUUUCAAAAAUGGCGAUUUUAUGCCCGACUAAUGCAGAAGUUGAUAAAAUAAACGAGCAAGUAUUGAACAUUUUGCAAGGAGAAUGUAAGACAUAUUUAAGUACAGACUCAAUUAUGACAGAUGAAGAUUCUGAUAAAGAUGAUUACCCUACGGAAUUUCUGAAUACUUUAAAUCCGUCUGGAUCAGCAUCACAUGAAUUAAAAUUGAAAGUUGGUUCCCUGAUAAUGCUGCUAAGAAAUUUGAAUACAAAACGUGGAUUGUGCAAUGGAACACGAUUAGUUGUUGCUGAACUAAAGCCAAACUUAAUUAUUGCCAAGGUAAUUACAGGAUCCGCUAAAGGAAACAUUGUCUUUAUCCCUAGAAUUGAUCUUAUAACAGAUUCUGAUCUUCCAUUUCGCCUAAGAAGACGACAAUUCCCAAUUAAGCUGGCAUUUGCCAUGACUAUUAAUAAGUCCCAGGGUCAAACUUUGGACAAGGUUGGAAUCUAUUUGGCCACUCCAGUGUUCAGUCACGGGCAACUUUACGUUGCAUUUUCAAGAGUUAGGCGAUCAUGUGACGUAAAAGUUUAUGUACGAAAUACGGCUGAACAUGGAAAAUUAUUAGAAAAUUCCAAUAAGGUAUUCACGAGGAAUGUUGUCUUUAAGGACAUACUCCAGAAAUAA